AUGGUGAUGGCCGAUGGGCAGGUUCUCAAAGACCUUUUGUUGCAAAUAAGAGACACUCUGAUUAAGACGCCUCAAGAUCUGGAGGUAUUUUUGGAGGGUGAGUCCAUACGGCCCGGCAUUAUCGUGUUGAUUAAUGAUACCGAUUGGGAGCUUGAGGGCGAAGAGAUGUAUGAGUUGCAGAAUAGGGAUUUGAUAACUUUUACGUCGACAUUGCAUGGGGGUUGA